CUUUGAAGCUUCUCACUCUCGUGCCCUCCAUGGCUACUCCUCUCUCUAUCUCAUCAAACUCUCUCCUCCUCUCCCGCCAAUGCCACCGCCCCUCCUUCCCUUCCACCUCAUUCAAAGGAAACGUCACCGUCUUAGCACCAAACCCAUCUCAGAUUCUCUCUCUAAAACUCCACCAAAACCGUAAAACCGGAAAACAACAGCAACUCGCAAGACCUCUCGUUGUCCUAAACCAAACCGCAGCAACUUCCUCAGAAGCUGUAAGUUCAGAGAGGUUCCGUCUCAAUAACCUCGGACCACAACCUGGUUCGAGAAAGAGGGCGAAGAGAAAAGGUAGAGGUAUCUCCGCGGGACAAGGAGCGAGUUGUGGGUUUGGUAUGAGAGGACAGAAGUCACGGUCUGGUCCUGGGAUCAUGAGAGGUUUUGAAGGAGGACAAACUGCGCUUUAUCGUCGUCUUCCGAAACUUAGAGGAAUCGCUGGAGGUAUGCGUUCAGGAUUACCCAAGUACGUACCAGUGAAUCUCAAAGACAUUGAGACAGCUGGGUUUGAAGAUGGAGAUGAAGUGUCUUUGGAGACUUUGAAGCAAAAGGGUUUGAUCAAUCCUUCAGGAAGGGAAAGGAAACUCCCUCUUAAGAUUCUAGGUACCGGAGAACUUAGCGUGAAGCUCACUUUCAAAGCCCGUGCAUUCUCAACAGCAGCAAAGGAGAAGCUUGAAGCUUCAGGUUGUACACUCACUGUGCUACCUGGAAGAAAGAAAUGGGUCAAGCCAUCUGUUGCUAAGAACCUCGCACGUGCAGAUGAGUAUUUUGCUAAGAAGAGAGCUGCUGCAGCUGAAGCAGCAGCUUCGGAACCUGCAGCUUCUCCUUAAACUUCUUCAUUUUCAAGCUGUUUAAUGUUGUAAAGCGGCAGAGAUAACUUAGCUUUCUCUAUGAUAAGCGUUGCAAUUCCUUUUCUCUCUUAUGUAUGGUGGAAAUUUUUACAUCUUGUUGCUUAAUCAUUAUCAGAAAGAUUUUGUAAAACUGUAUGCAUUAUUUUUCAAUCUCCAACAAAAUGUUACAGA